GAAAAAACGAUUUCCUUGUUUUUCAUCAUAUCUUCACGUUUAGAUGAACUGAACUUCACAAGUUAAUCUAAAAUAUCGGCCCGGUUCUGGAGUCCGGGUCGGAUCUCUAUAGACUUGCUGCAGUCUGGACCCGUCCCCCCUGGGGUCAGAGGUCACCACAGUCACCUGACUUCAGGAAACCAGAGUUUCAGUGAAGCGUGGAAGUGAAAGGUGAUGUGAAAGCGCUGCAGGUCCAGACUGCGCCGCGCCUCCUUCUGCUCCGGAUCGCAGUUCUGAGCGCUCAACAUGUCGGAUCCGUCCAGCCAGCAGCAGCAGCCGGGCCGGGCCGCUCACCUGGGCGGCGGAUGGACGGGUGUGAAGGACGAAGGCCGGAGGAUGAAGAGGAGGGAGAAGAACCGAGUGGCCGCUCAGAAGAGCCGCAAGAGACAAACGCAGAGGGCCGACCAGCUGCACCAGGCCUGUGAGCUGCUGGAGCAACGAAACAGGAAGCUGAAGAGAGAGGUGGAUUCUCUCUCUGAGGAGCAGAACUUCCUCUCUGAGGCUCUCAGGGCUCAUGAACCUUUCUGUCCCAUCAUGCAUUGCUCCUUCACCUCCUCCAGCCUGCAGCCUGACGCCGCGGCUCGCUCAGUCUGAGGUCAGUGACCUUUCACAUCCGGGAUCCAGCUGCCAGAUAAUGAAGUGACUUGCCGCCAGAGGGCGCUGUUUAUCCUCCAUCAGCUGCUUCCGGGCGGCGGGACUCUGCUGACCCCUAGUGGCGGCGGAGAGUCAUCACACAUCCAGGAUUCUUUAUUAAUGUCAUCAGAAUGUAUAAAUAUAAAUAAUUGGAUUAAUAAUAAUAAAAAAGGAUUGAAUAAA